AGCGCCGCGCCGCGUCGUGUGGUGUCGUGCCGUGCCCUGCCCGUGCCCCGCGCCGCCUGUCCCCUCCCCGGGGGCGGUCCGCCUCCGAGCGGCGGAGCCUCAUAGCGGCGGAGCGGCGCUCCUCGGUGCGCGGUGCUGCCGUGGGCCGGGGCCGCUCCGCUCCGCCGCCAUGAGCCGCCGCCCGCUCUGCCAGCCCGGCCCCAACGGCACCGAGCCCAUGCGGCCGCGGGGCAACGGCACCGGGCGGCCGGCGGAGGGCUGCGGCGCCGUGUCGGUGGCGUUCCCCCUGACCAUGAUGAUCACGGGCAUCGUGGGCAACGCGCUGGCCAUGCUGCUGGUGUCCCGCAGCUACCGCGCCAAGGAGAACCGGCGCAAGCGCUCCUUCUUGCUGUGCAUCGGCUCGUUGGCGCUCACCGACCUGAGCGGGCAGCUGCUCACCAGCCCCAUCGUCAUCGCCGUGUAUCUGUCCGACCGCGUCUGGACCAACGUCGACCCCUCGGGCCGCCUCUGCGCCUUCUUCGGCUUCAGCAUGACCGUCUUCGGCCUCUGCCCGCUCUUCAUCGCCAGCGCCAUGGCCGCGGAGCGGACGCUGGCCAUCCGCGCCCCGCACUGCUACGCCAGCCACAUGAAGACGCGCGUCACCAAGGCCGUGCUGCUGGGCAUCUGGCUGGCCGUGCCCGCCUUCGCCCUGCUGCCCCUGGCCGGGCUGGGCCGCUACGCGCUGCAAUGGCCCGGCACGUGGUGCUUCAUCAGCACCGAGGGGCAGCGCCCCGGCAGCGUGCUCUUCGCCUCCGCCUUCGCGGGGCUGGGGCUCUUCUCGCUGCUGGUGACGAUGGCGUGCAACCUGGCCACCAUGGAGGCCCUGGUGUCCCGCUGCCGGAGCAAGGCCGCCGCCUCGCGCUCCAGCAAGCAAUGGGGACGGAUCGCCACCGAGACGCUGAUUCAGCUGCUGGGGAUCAUGUGCGUCCUGUCGGCGUGCUGGUCGCCGCUGCUGGUAACGAUGCUGAAGAUGAUCUUCAACCGCACAUCUUUUGAAUCAUGCAAGGGGUUCUCGGCAGAAACCCAAAGCUCAGAACUCUACAAAGAGUGCAAUUUCUUCUUGACAGCCGUGCGCUUGGCCUCCCUCAACCAGAUCUUGGAUCCGUGGGUUUAUCUGCUGCUCCGAAAGAUCCUGCUGCAGAAGUUCUGCCAGGCGGCCAGCGCUGUCUCCAGGUGCUCCAACAGUGAAUGGAAGGAGAGAUCCAUCACGUUGUCAGAUGAAAUCCGACGGACAGCAGCGUGAUGGAGCACGGAUCCGCUUGCAUGGAGACUGCCUUGGCCAAUGAAUGGCUUUGUGUCUUACUGUGAAUUGGACAUCUAUUUCACGUCCACAUCUGCGUAAAGUGUGGGACACGGCAGGGCUGAGCAGCCUUAGAGUGCCAAAGAAGUAUUUAUCCAAUGUGCCCCAAAUCCUCCAGUGUAGGCAAAGGGGUUGGUUAUCAUAGAAUCACAGAAUGCCCUGGGUUGAAAAGGACCGCAGUGCUCAUCUCGUUCCAACCCCCUGCUGUGUGCAGGGUCGCCAACCAGCAGCCCAGGCUGCCCAGAGCCACAUCCAGCCUGGAUGUUGCUGAAUUCUGUUGUUACUGCGAUUCCCAAUGGAGCUGCAGAAUACGACUUCUUGUCUGCCCAAGUGGAGCUUGGAGGGGCUUUUUGGUCUUAUGGUAAGGUCAGAAAAAGUGAUUUUCCUAUUAGGGGACGCUUGGAACACAUUCAGCAGAUUAAUUAUGGAAGAGACCCACUCCUAUGUGUAACCUUAAUGCUUACAUGAUUUGCUUCAGAGAGUCUUUCAUCCUUGUUCUUCUAGAUGGACAAGGAGAGAAAGCGUCAGACAAUGCAUUAAGAUAAAACGAGGAGUUUUGAUUGGGAUUUCCAUGGCUUUGAACAGAAGGUUGAGUUGUAGCUGUGAUGGUGGCUCAUUCCCUUUUGAGGUUGAGGGAAACCUGUACCUGGUGAUACGCCUGGUCCUCGUGGGUGCUCCUUCCGUGUGGAUGCUGGGGUCAGCUCACUGCAGGGAGGGGUGCAGCACUGGGCAGGCAGCAGCAGUGGGAAAGCUGUGCUGCUUUGCUUUCUUUCCUAUAGCAGCCUGUGAAGCACCCCCACAUCACACAGGUUGCUGAUAGCAGAGCCCACUAUAAAACUACUUUGCACAGAUGGAGACAGUGAUAAGCAGGUUGUAAGAGACGGUGAGCGUUCAUCUUCCUGUAGAUUAGUGGCAAAGGUCUGCAGAGGCAAAAAGACAGCUUUUGCGUGAGUGAUUUUCCUUGGAAAUGUGCACGUCCAGGGGCAAAAUGAACGUCAACCAAUUCUGAAGCUUCUACAUUACUGCAGUGCCCUACAGAGUGGGACAGGAGAGCAGUUCCCUUCGUUCUUUCUCUCUCGCUUCUUUCCUCCAUAAAGACAAAUGUUAAGGAUACGGCAGCUUUGGGAAUUUGAACGAAUAAAGCAGACUGGAAGAGAUGGGGAGAAUAUAUGCCUUUAUCAAACCUUUCCUCCAGCUAUUGUUCAGGUUUUAUUAGAAAACUGAAUCCUCACCCAUUUGUUAGAACAGCGGAGGCUUAUCUUCACAAGGACUACAUUUCUCCCCAUUUUCUUUGCCUUUUUUGUAGACAGUGGUCCAUAAUGUCUUCUGUUCAAUGGCCUUUUAGGCAAAACUACAUGCAAUUACAGUAUAUCAGGUAGUCAUCCACCGUGUGCUACGUGCCAUGUAAUACUGAAAUCAGAGGCCUUAAUGGCAAGUGUAAUCCUGUAUCUGCUGGGAAUCUCUGAUGUAGAGCCUUGAUUUUUGCUUCUCUGCCUCUGCUUAUGAAAGUACUCAAAAGAGAAACUGCUUUUCCUGUUCCGCUGCUAUGUUGUCUAGUUGCUAUCAUCACAUCAGGCCACAGUAUCUCAUCUGAGGGCAGAACCACCAGCUACGGAAGUCUGCUUUUGUGUGGAUGGGUGUUGGAGUGCGGCUGGAAGCUGAAGCCCUGCUUUACCCAGGGGCAGCCUAGAGCUGUGCUGGGCACCUAGGUGUGGUGCGGCCAUGGGGGCAGGAGGAUGCUCAGUGAUGCUCAGUGCUGCUCAGCAAUGCUCAGUGCUGCUCAGUGACACUCAGUGCUGCUCAGUGACACUCAGUGCUGCUCAGUGCUGCUCAGUGCUGGUGGGCGCCCGCAUGCUCCUUGCAGCUGGGAGCAUGGCACGGGGCACAGCUGGAAGCAGCAGCUGUCCUGGGGCUCUGGGAAGUGCCUCACAGCAGUCACACAUUUUUAAGAGUUAUGUUGUAAUCUACAAGCCCGGUCUUCUGUCCAGAGGAUUGCUGUUGUUCAGGCUGCGUGCACAACGAGCCCAGUGCCUGCACAGUGUGUCAGGACGACCUCAGGAAUGGCGCUGAACCACUGGUGAGCUGCAGGGCCGGAAUGUGGACCCGCUGGGGCUGCACGUGGUCAUCAGAAGAGUGACUCACGGCCUCCUCUAUCAGUCCCUUUGCAGCCACAACAGGAAAAUGCUGUUCUUUCCUUUGACACAGAGUGUAAAGUGUGUGGCAGCAGUUAAAUGCAUGUGGGCUUGUUCUUCAUAAGCAAGUCAUGAUGGUUUCACCUUUCCCUUAACAUAGCUCUGUUGCUCCAUGCCUUUCCAUAGUGAAGCAAGACACCUCUGGGUGUGGGUAAAGGCCGUUCUCUUGGUCCCUGUGUGUGCUAACACAAAGAAGCUACUUUAAAUAUCAGAAAAUGGAGGAGAAUGUCUGCUUUCUUUGUUUGCAGCUGAGGAGUGGGAGCAGCGUUUGCCAGCCAUGCCAGCCGCAACGCAGCAUGGCAGAGGAAUGCACUUUCAGAGAUGGAUUCAAUAAGCUUGAGCAGAAAUUGAAGCUUUUUCCCAUUACUUGUUUGAGCGGGAAGGUGUAUUUUUGUUGCAUUUCUUUAAAGGUGCCUUUCUAUGUGAUGUAUUUUAACUCCUCCAUGGAAGCAUUCCUAGUGCCAAUCUCAAUACGUUGUACUUCUGUCACAUCUAAUGGAAGCAGUGAACGGGAAAGCUAAUUUGAGAUCAUUUGCCUUAAAAACAAGCUUGUUUGUGUACCAACUCAAUGUGCAGUGUGUCUGUCAGAAUAAAAGUGCUGUACAAUA